AUGUGGCUGAAUUGUGCUAUUCCUGCAGACAAAUUAGCCAAAGCUUAUUGCCAAAAAUUAGGCAUUGAUGAACAUAUUUUAUGGGAAAUAAUUGAUAAAGCGUCAAAACAAACAACAUUAGCAAGAGCAAUAAUUCGUCAAAAAUAUUUGAAGAAUUUUCAUGAAAAUUUUACAACUGAAAUUGUUCAUCAAGCAAAGCCAGCCGGUGGUUAUACCGAUGCACAAAUAAAUGAAUCGAUGAAUGCUCUAAUGCGUGGUGACAAAAGAAAAGAAAUAUUAUCAAUGGAUGAUCAAAUCAUUUCUACUGCAGAAUAUUCACAAGUAUUAGCCGAUGGUGGAAAUGACACAGAUGAUCACGAUAAUUCAGAAGGUGUUCUAAAACAAUAA